GUUAUCGUCUAGUGAAUUCAGGAACGUACUAUUCUCUUCUAUCUGUAUGUUAGGCGGAAAGUACCAGAAGCGGGUACCGUCUUCCAGCAAUUCGAGAAGAUUCCUUGGCCCCACCAUAGCUUCCACUUGCAAUUGUAUUAAACUCCAGGUCAAAUCCCAAGCAACAAUUUCUUCUUUCCAUCUUCAAACUCAAACAUAAACAUCUUCUCCUUCCUCUCUUGAAGAGUAAACGCAUAAUAAAUCUAGAGAUACCCAUCCCCCAUCCGGGUACAUAAUUCUUUUGCGUUUUUAAAACAACUUCACACACAUUUUCCUCUACACAUACCGCAUUACCCCACCUCUAUUAUUUUGACAUCUCAAAUUCUUCUUCACAUUUUUUCACCAUGGUUGCCGCAGUCGGAAUUGACUUGGGCACGACCUACUCGUGUGUCGGUGUCUUUCGAGAUGACCGCAUCGAGAUUAUCGCCAACGACCAGGGUAACCGAACCACUCCCUCGUUCGUUGCCUUCACAGAUACCGAGCGUCUGAUCGGUGAUGCCGCCAAGAACCAGGUUGCAAUGAACCCCCACAACACCGUCUUCGACGCUAAGCGUCUGAUUGGUCGCAAAUUCAGCGACGCUGAGGUGCAAGCAGACAUGAAGCACUUCCCCUUCAAGGUUAUCGAGAAGAACGGAAAGCCCAUUAUUGAGGUUGAAUACAAGGGCGAAAACAAGCAGUUCACUCCCGAGGAGAUCUCCUCUAUGGUCCUCACCAAGAUGCGUGAGACCGCCGAGUCUUACCUAGGUGGCACCGUCACCAACGCUGUCAUCACUGUGCCAGCCUACUUCAACGACUCUCAACGUCAAGCCACCAAAGACGCUGGUCUCAUUUCUGGCAUGAACGUUCUUCGAAUUAUCAACGAGCCCACCGCGGCUGCUAUCGCCUACGGCCUUGACAAGAAGGCUGAGGGCGAGCGCAACGUUCUCAUCUUCGAUCUCGGUGGUGGUACCUUCGAUGUCUCUCUCCUAACCAUCGAGGAGGGUAUCUUCGAAGUCAAGUCUACCGCUGGUGACACUCACUUGGGUGGUGAGGACUUCGACAACCGACUUGUUAACCACUUCGUCAACGAGUUCAAGCGUAAGCACAAGAAGGAUCUCUCCACCAACGCUCGUGCUCUACGACGUCUCCGAACUGCUUGCGAGCGAGCCAAGCGUACUCUUUCUUCUUCUGCCCAGACCUCUAUCGAGAUCGACUCCCUGUUCGAGGGUAUUGACUUCUACACAUCGAUCACUCGUGCUCGAUUCGAAGAGCUUUGCCAGGACCUCUUCCGAUCCACCAUCCAGCCUGUGGACCGUGUCUUGGCCGACGCGAAGAUUGACAAGUCUCAGGUUCAUGAGAUCGUGCUUGUCGGUGGUUCCACUCGUAUCCCCCGUGUGCAGAAGCUCAUCACGGACUACUUCAACGGAAAGGAGCCCAACAAGUCCAUCAACCCCGAUGAGGCUGUCGCAUACGGUGCUGCCGUCCAGGCCGCUAUCCUGUCUGGUGACACUAGUUCGAAGUCAACUAACGAGAUUCUUCUUCUCGAUGUUGCCGCGUUGUCUCUCGGUAUCGAGACUGCCGGUGGUAUGAUGACCAAGCUCAUCCCCCGUAACACCACCAUCCCUACCAAGAAGUCGGAGGUCUUCUCCACCUUCUCCGACAACCAACCCGGUGUGCUUAUCCAGGUCUACGAGGGUGAGCGUCAACGCACCAAGGACAACAGCUUGCUCGGCAAGUUCGAGCUCACUGGUAUCCCUCCCGCACCCCGUGGUGUUCCCCAAAUCGAGGUUACCUUCGAUCUCGAUGCCAAUGGAAUCAUGAACGUCUCCGCUGUCGAGAAGGGCACCGGAAAGUCCAACAAGAUCGUCAUCACCAACGACAAGGGCCGCCUGUCCAAGGAGGAGAUCGAGCGCAUGCUCGCGGAGGCUGAGAAGUACAAGGAGGAAGAUGAGGCUGAAGGCCGCCGUAUCGGUGCCAAGAACGGCCUAGAGUCCUAUGCUUACUCUCUCCGAAACACCAUGUCCGACUCCAAGGUCGACGAGAAGCUCGACGCUGGUGACAAGGAGAAGCUCAAGGCCGAGAUUGACAAGGUCGUGUCUUGGCUCGACGAGAACCAGCAAGCUACUCGCGAGGAGUACGAAGAGAAGCAGAAGGAGCUUGAGGGUAUCGCCAACCCCAUCAUGAUGAAGUUCUACGGCGCUGGCGGUGCUGGUGGCAUGCCUGGCGGUAUGCCCGGCGGACCCGGUGGCCCCGGCGGCUUCCCUGGUGCUGGCGGCCCCGGUGCUGCCCAGGAUGACGGCCCCACCGUCGAGGAGGUUGACUAAAUGGUUUCCUUUCAAUGACCUGUCUGUCUUUGUUACUUCCCGGCGUUUUCCCAUCGGUGUGGCGUUAUGACGCACCGAGUGGCGGUCUCGGAUUUCUCAUGGGUUUGCACUACUAGAUUUUUUACUGGUAAUGAUAAAGGGCAAAAGUUGCGGUUUUACGACUUGCAUGGAUGUAUUCUAGGCAGGAAUAGUCCUACUUCCUACACGAAGCAAUGAAGUUAAUUCACGAA